GUAGCAUAGCUACAACUGGGAACUCAACGGCAGCAACAAUAACAAGGACUACAGAAUCCAAUCAAGUACGUGGAGCUGCCUCUAGGUCGGGUGAACCUGGUCCCAGAUUCGUCGAGGCAGAUACCACUGUCGAAAUACAGGAGCAGCGAAUUUCAGAAGUCGGGGCUCGAGACAAAGGACACAAGGCGUCCGGAACAGAGAUGAUUCAAGCAGGCGGAUUCUUCGGUGGUGGAAGGCCUCAAAUGCAGAGGUCAGUCGGCGGAACAAGGUACGAUAAGCUACAGUUUGACGCCAACAGGACAGUUCUCACGGUGGCAAAAGAACAGUCUCACUUACACACACCCCAACUAACAUACGAGGCAGAUGACGAAGAGGUUACAAAAUCGAUUGCUUCCACACAACAGACACACCUUUGA